AUGAGAGGCCUUCCAAACCACCGCAUUGAUGAUGAGUCUUUGAAAGAGAACUUCUGUCGAGGUCAAGAUGAUAACUGUAAAGCAGUACUCGAUACUAUUAUGGGGAGUUCUUAUGUCUCUACUAGAGGAGGUAAGAAAACUAUUGAUCCACAUAUGCUGUCUGUGGUAGAAGAUGAGAUGAGAAAAGGCGCAGAGGUGGUGGAAACUAGUGGUAAAUUGGUAUACAAAAUGGUGAAACAAGCAGAGUGUCCCUUUAUAGAAGCUUUAGAACAAAUGCCCGAUUAUGAUAAGUUCUUGAAGGGUAUGGUUACAAAGAAGAGACCGAAGAAGAACGAUUCAAGUGCUUUUACUAUUCCAUAUACCAUCGGAUUAUUAUACUUUGCCAAAGCACUAUGUGAUCUAGUGAAGAGGCCCAUUGGGAUACUCCAUGAUGUGUUCGUGAAAGUGGAGUCCUUUAUAUUUUUGGAUGAUUUUGUGAUUCUUGACUGUGAGGUGGACUUUGAGGUCCCUAUUAUUGUUGGUAGGCCAUUCAUUGACACUGGUCAAGCCUUGGAUGAGAGUAUGUCUAAAGUGCAUAUCGAAGAACGCCCAGGUGUUGAGGCACUAGAAGUAGUGAUCAUUAAUUUUAAAAGUGAUAUUGUUGAGGAGUAUGGGUCUUUCAUUGCAGCACUUGAAAGAAAUGAAUAUCGGUCAAAACCAAAAAAAUUGGAGUUAGAUAUGAAGCAUCACGAGUCUACACCAGCGAGACACUCUAUUCAGAAGGCUCUAAAAUUGGAGCUUAAGGUUCUACCACCUCAUCUUAGGUAUCUGUUUUUGGGUACAGAUGAUACUUUGCUAGAGAAAUAUGGGGUUCGCCAUAAUGUGGCCACUCCGUAUCAUCCAAAGACUUGUGGGCAAGUUGAGGUGUCCAAUGGAGAGAUCAAGCGAAUUUUGUCAAAAACGAUAAAUGCUAAUAGAAUGGAUUGGUCAAGGGGGAGUGAUUAUGCUCUUUGGGCCUAUCGGUCUUCAUACAAGUCCCCCAUAUUUAUGUCUCCAUACAGACUUGUAUAUGGCAAGGGUUGUCAGUUGCCAGUCGAGUUAGAGAACAAAGCCAUGUGGGCAAUGAAGAAACUGAAGAUAGAUUGGAGUGAAGCAGUGGAACAGAUACUUAAUGGGUUAAAUGAGCUUGAUGAGUUUUUCCUCAAAGAAUCCACUCACUCGGAAGAACCUGCCCGCCAAGCGUUGACCAAUGAGGCCCAUAGUUCAGAGUCUGCUCCGGCAGCCCAGGAGGAUGUCCCUGCACCGGUUCCUGAGUAG